AUGGCUGCGCCUCCGCCAAAGAGGCCGCGCAAGGCAUCCACAGCGGGUGCCGGCGGCCCUCCCUCUGUCGAACAGUCGGCGUCAUCGACGCCAGCAUCAGGUGGCGCCGGUCCCUCGACCCACACUGGACCGGCCCCGAGCGGCAUCGCUCCCACCAAUGCGACGCAAACGCCCACGACCGGACCCAUGGCGGUACCCGAGUGCGAAUCGCUCGCCGCACAGCUCAUCGACCCGAACACGCCCAUGCGUCGCCGCAUGGAAAUCGCUAGCGAGCUCCGAGACUCGGCAGAGAGUAACCGAGACUUUGCCUUCUAUGACAAGUACCUUGGAGUAUUCAUUCCCGCGCUCGUACAGAUUCUUGGCGAUGAGAAGAGUAUUGUCUUUACCAAGGACAACUCGGAGCAGCGCUUCCGGCACACUCUUCUCGCGUACCUCCAGCGCCUACCGCACUCGGAACCCUUCCGACAGUACGAGGCCAAGGUGCUGGAGCUCAUGGUAAAGCUCCUCAAGGUUGAGAACGAGGACAAUGCCUUACUCUGUAUCAAGAUUAUGAUCGACGGGUUCAGGAGUCACAAGGACCAGGCGGAACCGUUUGUCGAGCCCUUCCUGGACCUCGUCAAGCAGAUGUACGCCAACCUCAAGGGUGUCGUAGAGAAGGAGUGGGGAUCACCAGGAGGCAAGCAGGCUUCAGUCAAUCCCGGCACACCCGCCAGCGAUGGUACCAAUGCUCCGACACUCGCUCAUCCCCCAACGUCCUCACAUAAUCACCUCUCACACGCGCUCCAGUCGCCCAAGGUACUCACCGAGUGCCCGAUCGCCGUUGUCCUCAUCUUCCAGACUUACAAGUCGGUCAUGGGCCCGACAAUGCUCGACCUGUCCCCACUCGUCAUGGAGAGCAUCAAGAUCCAGCCAGAGCCACAACGACUCGCCCACCUCGAGGCCAAGGAGCGCGGCGAGAUCUUUGUCGGCGUCGCGCCCAGCAUCACCAACCGCGAGAUGUACACUGAGCUCAUCAAGACCGAGGUCAAGACAAUGGCGUUCCUCGCCUACGUCUUACGUGGGAGCUCGCAGGCAAACGUCAAGGACUGUCUCGAGGUCUUUCCCGAAGCGUGCAUUCGUUUGUUGCGUGACUGUCCGCCCGAGGACGUCAGCACUCGCAAGGAGUUACUGGUGGCUACCCGUCACAUCCUGACGGCUGACUCACGGGCGUCGUUUAUUCCCUAUAUCGACACGCUGCUGGAGGAGCGCGUGCUUGUCGGCACUGGCGUGUCCAGCAGGGAGGCACUGCGACCUCUCGCGUCAUCAGUCGUUGCCGACUUGAUCCACCACGUUCGCCAGGACCUCCCCAUCGCCCAGCUCAAGCGUGUCGUUUACGUCUUCUCAUUAAACCUCAAUGACUCGACGUUCUCCAGCUCGAUCCAGACCAUGUGUGCCAAGCUCCUCAACACCAUCGUCGACUCGAUCGCGCAGAAGGGCAGUCCGGAGGAGCGCGAGGCGUUAAUGAAAAGCAUGUUCAUUGCCUCGCUCGAGAAACUGCAGGCCAUGACCGAGGCGUACGACAAGCUCAAGGCUCUUUCUGACCGCGACAAGGCCCAGGGCAAAGGCAAGGCCAACGAGGACGCUAAGGAGGAAAAGCCCGACGACAAGGAGGACGGCGACAAGGACGCCAAGGACAGCGACGAGGACGAGGACGCGAAGGGCUCCCCAGAAGACGUCCUCAUGGCGGACCUAUCCGACGACGCUGAGGCCGAGCGGCUGGCGUUCGGCUGGCGCGAGAUCGAACGGGCCAUGCCGGUCAACCAGGUCGCCUACGCUGAUGACUCUUUGGAAUUGUUCUGUCGGGAGGCGCGCUAUCUGUUCAAGACGCUCUUGCACACGUUCCGCACCCUCAUGUCGUACACAAGAUCGGGAGACAACCCGGUUCCCGCUCCCGACGGCGAGCUUCUGUCCCGAUUCUUCGAGCACGCGCUCCGUUGCAUCGCCAUCUUCGACACCACCCGCGACCCGCGCGAGCCGAAGGAGGCGAUCGAGCUCCUGUCGCAGAUCCUGUUGCUCUUCGAUCCUCACUCGUUCCGCGAGGUGUGGGCGACGCACAUGGAGUUCUUUGUCGAGCAGGCUCUGAAAAACGCCCACGUCUUCUCAGUGCUGCAGAUAUUAAUCACGCACGAGUCGGUCUCGCACCAGUUGGUCGCCAUCACGCUCAAGCAUCUCAUGACGCACCUCGACGAUGUCGGCAGCUACUCGCAGAAGAAGGCCAGCUUAUGCCUCAGAUUGUUCAAGAUCUCCUUCCUCGCCAUCAACACGUACAUCAACACCAAUGAGGUCGUGCUGGUGCCACACCUGCAGAAACUCAUUAUGCGCUCGUUCGCCCUUGCGCCCAAAGCUGACGACCCAACGGUCUAUUACCAGAUCUUAAGGGCUUUGUUCCGCUCCAUCGGUGGGGGACGUUUCGACCAGCUAUACAAGGAAGUCCUUCCCAUCCUGCAGGAGAUGCUCGACAACCUGUCCUACUUGUUGCAUCACGCCAAGGACCCAAUACAGCGCGACCUCUUCGUCGAGUUGACCCUCACCGUUCCAGUUCGUCUCACCAACCUCUUGCCGCACCUCUCCUACUUGAUGAAGCCGCUCGUUCAUGCCCUGCAGGCCGGUCCAGAAUUGAUCAGCCAAGGUCUCCGCACCUUGGAGCUAUGUAUCGACAACUUGACUGCCGACUUCCUUGACCCGACAAUGAACCCCGUGUUCCGUGAGCUCAUGGGCGCAUUGCAUAAGCUCCUCAAGCCCAUCCCUGCCAACCGCCAGCACUCGCACGCGGCGGUCAAGAUCCUCGGCAAGCUUGGCGGGCGCAACCGACGCUUCUCCGACGUGGAGAACCUCCUCGACUACCGCGAGGAUGCCAACGGCCUCACCGCGCCAGUCUCGUUCGAGGGCAAGCGCUCCACAUUCCCGCUGGCGCCUCUGAUCGACGCAGCCGACCAGGCCAUGUCGGACAACCUGGCUGUGUGCGAGGUCGACGGAUUGGACGCCCUCAUGCUGUCGGCCAUGACCCGAUUGCAUCAGGAGAAGCAGGAGCCGGAUGCGUCACCCGUCUUCGCCAAGACGGUCAGCGCGCUCUUCGUCGCCUGUCAUCACCCAGCUCUUGGGCCCAAGGCGACCGAGUUUGUCCGCGACCUCUGCAAGCGCGUCUUCUUCACCGAGGUCAAGCGUACCGAGGAGGUUCACCAGGUACCCAGGUUACCCGACCUCUCGCCCAAGAGCCGUCCGCUCCCCCUCACUCUGGCGCUCACGGACGCCAUAGCCAGCACCAUGGCCAACUCGAUCGGCAAGAGCCGCGAGGACGUCGCUGAGAUCCUCACGUUGAUCAUUGGUGACUUCAAGGAACUCGUGCUGGCGCCUGACGUAGCGUCAAAGCCGGAGAAGUCGAAGAUCAUCGAUCGUUUCGUCGGCGCGUUCGUGCGUCGCUUCACAAGCCUCUGCCAGGACGAGGACUGGAACCGCAAGAUGGCCGGCGUGACUGCUCUGGACGUUUUCGUGCGCCGGGCCGAGCUCAGCCGACGUUACAUCCUCGAGAUGGAGUGUGAGUUUGUGCGCGUACUCAUGUUCGCACUUCGCGACGCGCCACGCGACCCACCAAACUCGGUCCAGAAGAUCAUCGACCUCAUCAAGUACCUCAUCCGCUACUGCCAGUCGCAGGAGGACGGCCAGGUCAAGCAGAAGCGUGACCGUCUCACCGAGAUCCUGGUCCGCGAACUCAACAGCCAGAGCAAGCUGGCACGAGAGGCGACCCAGUCGUGCAUUGCCUUGCUAGCAGAGGUGCUCGACCAGCCUAUCUCAACGGUCAUCGGCGACUUUACGCGCGUGGUGUUGCUAGACGCCAACACAGGUCCUAUCUUUUCCAAGCCGUUGCGUGCGCUGUCUUCGUUUGCGAUGCAGGUCGGCAACAUCGACUGCGUGACGUAUCUUCUCGACUUGCGGCCGUCCGUGCCCAAGAUCAAUGACGAGUUCAUACGACUUGUGCAAGAAGUUCUGGCCUUGGCCGACGUCGACGACUCCAACUUGAUCCCGAACAAACGCGGCGAGCCGGCGAGCCACAAGCAGAAUUUCUGGUUGAAGGAACUGCGCAUCGCUUGCUUGCGUAUGCUCCGCUCGACGAUGAACUGCCAGGAGUUCAACGACAAGCAGAACCUCGUUCUUAUCCGCCAGCGAAUCAUCUCGGUCUACUUCAAGCACGUGUAUUCGUCCCAGCCCGAGAUCGUUGACGUCGCACAUGAAGGCCUCCGCGACGUUAUUCACCAGCAGAACAAGCUCCAGAAGGAGGUGUUGCAGUCGGGUUUGCGUCCGAUCCUAGUCAACUUGGCAGACGCUAAGCGCUUAAGCGUAUCUGGUCUUGAAGGAUUGGCGCGCUUCCUCGAGCUUCUCACCAACUACUUCAAGGUCGAGAUCGGUGUCAAGCUCCUGGACCACUUCACGACGCUCGCCGACCAGCAGAUGCUGCAGAAGGCUGCCGGUGGGCCGCUCGACGACAACCCGGACAUCUCGCGUAUGACUCGCCUCGUCAACAUCUUCCGCCUCCUCCCCGCGACAGCUGUGCAGUACCUCAAGCAACUCACGACCCAGGUUGUUGACGUCGAGGCCCAGUUGCACCAAUCCGCGCCAGGUCCCUUCACCGAGAACAUCGCACGCUACCUUGACCGGUACCACGCCGAGGGUGCGGCCAACCUCCUCGAGAACAUCCGGAAUCCCCGAAUGAUGUGGACGUACCGCAACGUCAUCCAGUCUGGCUUUGCACCACAGCUUGUCAACGAGCUCUCGGAGCGCGCCGAGGCAAUCUGCCAGCUCACGUUCGCUAACCCUGAGCAGUUCGACCUAGUGCUCCCUGGCUUACACAUCAUCCGCGAGCUGUCCAAGACCUCGCCAUCGUGGCUCUCGGAGCACGAGUCGGUCAUGGAGGCAAUCGUUGGCGUGUGGCGGUCGAUCGUGCUGCGGUCAAGAGACCCAAAGAACGACAUGUCGAACGUUCACUACCAGACGAUCCCGCCGCUCAUCCUUGAGAUGUUCAUGACCCGCCUUGGCCACCAGAACCACAUCCCGCUCCUGUUCCACGUUGUCGAGGCGUACGAGAUUCGCUCCUCGUUCGACCGAUCCCACGUUGCCUUCUUCCUUUACCAGCGCGUCGCUCUCCAGCAAUCCCUCGAGUACCGCCGUGAGGUCAUCGAGUACUUCAUGACGUUGUACCCCGACGAAUCGGUGGUGACUUGGGCAUUCAAGACGAACGCGCUGCGUCUCGUCGUUAACCCGACCCUCCGUGUAUACUUUGAUGACGACGAGAACGACGGGUCGCUCAUCACGCCUGGCUUCGUGCAGAAGAUCGCCGACAGCAUGUGGCGGCCCCUGUCAGCGACGCCCACCGCCAAGCAGCGCGAGGACACGCUGCUCAUUGAGAUCUUUGCGCUCACGACGCUUUUGGUCAAACACGCCGGGCCGAAGGUGGUCGAGACGCGCAAGGAGGUGUUCAAGUUAGCAUGGAUGGGUAUCAAUCUUCUCGAGCCCACGGUCAAGUUGAUGGCGUACGUCCUCACAGCCUCGUUCAUGGCGACGUACGAAACGCCCGUCAAGUUUGUUCGCCUCACCUGGACCGGUUUACUGCGCCUCAAGGACAACGAGAGUAAGGCUCUCUUCCGCCAAGCAAUCGACACCCUUGCCGGCUGCCUUCCCAUCCGCGACCCACCACAGCCCGGCACCAUCCCGGACUGGGCACAGAAGGUCAAGACGGUGCUGGUCGAGGAGGGUCAUGCGACUGGCACCUUGGUCGUCGUGUGCGAGUUGCUCGUCAACCACCCCGACCUUUUCUACGACUACCGCGACCUCUACGUGCCGCACAUUGCCAUGUCGUUACAGAAGCUCGGGUUUGUGCAGGCCGCCACGGCGGAGAUGAAGAAGCUCACGGUCGACGUGAUCGAGCUCAUCUUCAACUGGGAGCGCAAGCGCAUGCAGCUCAAGGAGGAGUCAAGCCGCGAGGAGUCCGCAGACGCGAUGGAGGUCGACAAGGAUGCCGCCUCGCCGGUCAAGCGUCAGCGCCUGGACCGCGCCGGGACUGCUGUAUCGACGUCAAGCGGAGGCGGCUGGGUCACACCAGCGCCGACGCGAGAGUUGAUCACCGCCCACCUCCUCAGGAUCGUGGCGUCAUCUAACGAACCUGUCGCGCGAGGUGGCCUCAGCAAGCGCGCGCUCGACCUUUUCAAGGAGAUCCUCAGUCCCAAAGGGCUCCCGAACGUCUCGGUCAAGCUCGGUUUCUUCAACCGCACCAUGUCGCAGGACAUCACCGAGCACACCAUCGCGACCGUCUCCAACUCUACCGAAGUCAUCGCCGCCGUCGCCGAGGUACGCGACCAGGCGUGGAUUCGCAGCAAGCUCGACGUGUUCAGAAAGCUGCUGGAGAAGGUUUGGGUGUACGAUGACCCAACCCUUCAUGAAGUCGUCCGGCCCCUCACGGAGCGCAUGUUCCUCGAGCUGCCCGAUGAGGAGGUGGCCGACAGCGAGGACGACGGCCAGAAGCUGCUCAAGUUCGUAUCAGCAACCGUCAACAACGGCCUGCAGGCCAGUCUGCGUUCGACAACCGAGCUACCGGGCACCAUCUUCCUCCUCAAAUGCUGGCUCAAGGUGCAGCCGAAGCAGCUGCACAACGAGACCAUCGCGUCCGGCUUACUCCGGGUGCUGAGUAACCUUGUCAAGGUGCACACGAGCACGAAUGGUCCCGACCCGAGCUACCGCCUCAUCAUCUCUGUCCUUGACAUGCUACGUGACCGCGUCGCGGACCUCAAAGAGCACCGAAGGUACCUCGUCAACAUCUUAGGCGCACUUAUCGACAAGAGUACCAACCUCACUCUGUGCCGGUACCUGCUCGACCUUGUGCGCCAGUGGGUCGUCAAGGACAUUGAUGGACCGAUCGUAGUCAAGGACAAGUCUUUGCUGCUCUUGCGCAUGACAUCGUUCGAGCACCGUGACGAUGGGCUCUUCAAGCAGUACCUCGACCUCAUCUUUGAGGUAUACGAGCUGCCUGAGCUCAUUGGUACAGACAUUACACAUCGCUUAGAGCCCGCCUUUUUGCUCGGCACGCGGUCCAAGGACGCCGCGCAGCGGGCCAAGUUCCUCGAUAAGCUCGAGCAGACGCUGCCUCGCGCCCUCGACGCCCGCCUCGAGUACCUGUACUCGUUGCAGAGCUGGGAGACACUGGCUGACAGCUACUGGAUGCCGCAGAUGCUCAGCCUUCUGCUCGGCGCCGCCGACCUCGCGAACGACGUCUUCAACGCGCCCCUUCCCUCCAUUGGUGAGAACAACGUCCUGACGAACAAGAACUGGCGCUACGGCGACGUAAUCCACCAGCUGCGCAGCCUUGUCCACGUCGACCAGAUGGUGUGCCACCGCCUAUUUGUCGCCAUUUUCCCGCGCGUAUGGAGCUCGCUGUCGCGCUCGCAGCAGACGGCUUUCACUCCGUACAUAUCCAAGCUCCUCAGCAAGGAGUACCAUCACAAGCAGGCGGACCUCAAGCCGAAUAUCAUCCAGACGCACCUGGAGGCUUUCAUGUAUUGCAAGCCGCCCAUUACCAUGCCACCCCUGCUCGUCAAGUACCUCUCCAAGACCUUCAACGCGUGGUACGCUGGUUUCGAGAUCCUCAACAAUCUCGCCGACGCGUACAAGGGCACGGACAACUUGCGCGAGAGCUGCGCGGCCGCGCUGGGCGAGCUGUACGCCGAGUUGCAUGAGGACGACAUGUUCUACGGCAAUGCGCGCACCCGUUACGUCUACCCUGAGACAUCUGCGGCGCUCAUCCUCGAACAGAACGGUCGCUGGCCGCAGGCGAUGGAGAUGUACGAGCAUACAAUGACCAAGGUACGCCACUCCUCGCUGCCGUUCACCGAGGACGAGUUCUGCCUGUGGGAGGACCACUGGAUCCUCGCGGCGCAGAAGUUGCAGCACUGGGAGGCUCUCACCGAACUCGCGCGAGCGGACCAGAACCCCGACCUGCUGCUCGAGUGCGCAUGGCGCCUAUCCGACUGGGGAUCAACCGACCGCGAGAUGAUCGAGAGCAACCUCAAGCUGGUGGCUGGUGUGCCGACGCCGCGUCGCAAGAUCUUCGAGGCGUUCACCGCACUCAUCAAGGCCCACGGCUCGCGUGAGCCGCCCAACGACUUCCUACGCGUCCUCGAUGAGGCGCAGCAGGUCGCUAUCCGCAAGUGGACGACGCUCCCCGGCUCGAUCACUGGCGCGCACUUACCCCUCCUCCAGCUAUUCCAGCAGGUGGUCGAGCUCGGCGAGGCGGCGCAGGUGUUCGACUCGCUGCAGAUGACGACGGCGCAGACCUUGGAACAGCGCGUCAACACGGAGUUGAAGAGCAUCUUCCAGACGUGGCGCGACCGCUUGCCCAACUUCUGGGACGACAUCAGCGUAUGGUCCGAUCUCCUCGCGUGGCGCCAGCAUGUCUUCCAAGCCGUCACGCGGGUGUACAUGCCCAUGAUCACCCCAACCGAAGGUGUGACGCACGGGUAUCGCGGCUACCAUGAGACCGCGUGGAUGAUCAACCGCUUCGGCGAGGUCGCGCGUCGGCACGGGCUGCUUGAGGUGUGCAGCACCGCGCUCAACAAGAUCUACAUGCUGCCUAACAUCGAAAUCUCGGAGGCGUUCCUCAAGCUGCGCGAGCAGGCUCUAUGCUACUUCCAGAAGCCGGAGAAGUUCAACGAAGGUCUCGACAACAUCAGCACGACCAACCUCAUGUACUUCGCCCAGCCGCAAAAGGCCGAGUUCCUCACGCUCAAGGGAAUGUUCAUCUCGCGCCUUGGCCAGGACUCGGAUGCCAACGACGAGUUUGCCCACGCCGUCCAGAUGGACUACAACCUUCCCAAGGCGUGGGCCGAGUGGGGCAAGUUCAACGAGAAGAUGUACCGCCAGCAGCCCGAGUCGCCGCCACCAGACAGCAAGCCGCCGCCUGGGCCUGGCGAGAAGAUGAUGACUGACCAGGAGUGGGCCGAGUCGUGGGCGACGGACCGCGCACUGCGCGCCUCAUCUGCUGUCUCGUGCUACUUGCAGGCGGCAGGCCUGUACAACUCGCACAAGUCACGCGCGCUGCUCCUCCGCGUGCUGUGGCUCUUAGGCUUGGAUGACAGCAAGAACACGAUCGCCAAGGCGUUUGAAGCGUACAAAGGCGAUCUCGUCAUCUGGUACUGGAUCACUCUUAUCCCGCAAUUACUGUUAUCACUGUCGCAUCGCGAGGGCCAGAUCGCACGGUUGCUCCUCAUGCACAUCGCCAAGAAUUUCCCGCAGGCACUGUUCUACAACCUCCGCGUCACGCGCGACGACUUCUCAAGUGUCAAGAAGAGCCAGGCCGUCGCGCAGCACCGUGCCAUGCUCGCCAAGCGCGAGGCUGCCGCCAAGACGGCAGCCGUGGGCGGCUCCGAGGCCAAGAAGGAGGAGGGCGUCGAGGUCAAGGCCGAGGUCAAGGACGAGGAGAAGAAGGAGGACGGCUCGACACCCGCGUCGAACGGCACCCCGAACCCGAACGGCGCGAUGGCGCCACCCGCCGCUCCUGGUCCACGUCAGCCGCGUCAACCGUGGGAGAUGGUCGACGACAUUAUCAACCACCUCAAGACGGGCGUACCGCUCCUCGCGCUAUCGAUGGAGAAGAUGGUCGACCAAAUCGGCUACCGCGCCAAGCCGUCGUCUGAGGAGGACAUCUACCGCUUCUUCUCGGCGUUGCUCAACGACGCGAUGGCGCAGUGGAGCAGUCGUGGUGCAUUCCUCAGCGAGGACGCUGAGCUGCCGCAGAACACGCGUGAAAACCUUAAGAGGUUCGCAAACAACCUCACGCCCGAGCUUCGCGUGUGCGUCGAGCGCGACUUCAUCUCCAACCAGCCCAACAUGCGCGAGUACAUUACACGCUUACAGUUCUGGCGCGACUACUACGAGAAGGCCAUCGACUCGCGUCCGCGCUUCAGCCCGCUCGACUCUUCCGGUAUCAACUUGACCGACUUCCACUACACCAAGUUUGAGGAGGUUGAGGUGCCAGGCCAAUACGUCCAGCACAUCGACCAGUCGGACGAGCUGAUCCGCAUCGCACGCUUCCACCCACAGGCUGAGAUGUGCCGUGGCUUCGGCUUCUGCUUCCGCCGCAUCACGAUGAUUGGACACAACGGCACGCCGUACACGUUCAACGUCCAGAUGCCCGCGGCUCGACACUGCCGACGCGAGGAGCGGCUCGUCCAGCUCUUCCGGAUCAUGAACUGUGUCCUGCGGAAGCGCAAAGAGAGCCGCCGCCGCAACCUCCAGUUUCACCUCCCGACAGCUAUCGCACUUGGCACGCAGCUCCGCCUCAUCCAGAACGACGCGUCGUACGUGUCCAUGCAGGAGAUCUACGACGACUACGCGUUCAAGCACGGCAUGAAGCGCGAGGACACGAUCCUCCGGUUCUGUGACCGGCAGAGACAGCUGCACGAUCCGGCCAUCCCGCGUACCGACCACCGCUUCAUCGCGCUCAAGAUGGAGAUCAUCGAGGAGAUCCAGGCCAAGAUGUUACCCGAGACGGUGCUCACCAACUACAUGAUCCGCAACAUGGCCGAUUCGGAGAGCCUGUGGCUCAUGCGCAAGCAGUUUGCCAUGCAGACCGCCGCGACCGCCUUCUUAACCUAUGUGUGCUGCCUCAACAACCGCGCGCCGAGCCGUUUCCACAUCUCGCGCAAGACUGGCCAGAUGUACAUGACGGAGAUGCUGCCAUCCUUCGUCAACGGCCAGCCGCUCUUCCACUCGUCCGAGGCCGUGCCGUUCCGCCUCACGCCCAACAUGCAGGACUUCAUCACCCGGGUUGGCGUCGAGGGCCUCGUGACCUCUGCCGCGACCGCCAUUGCCCACUCGCUCACGCUCCCCGAGUUCGACCUGGCCAGCACAUUACACCUGUUCAUCCGCGACGAGAUCCUCACGUGGCAGAACACGUACAACAAGGACAAGCACAGCGACGUGCCCCUCACCGCGCACGUGUACAAGAACGUCGACCAGUUUAUCAAGCGUGCCGAGCUCAUGGGCCACAUUGCAGAUAUGCCCAAGGAUGCAAAGAACACGGGCGGCCCCGUCAUCAACCACGCCAUGGUCACGCUCAUCAGUCAGGCGACCGCGCCGACGCUCUUGGCGAGCAUGAGCGAGCAGUUCCAGUGCUGGUUCUGA